UGAACACACUAUUCACGUUUGAAACCACCUACAGAUACAAUUUUAAAAAUUGACAAUGUUAAUGGGAAUUUUUGCUUUGUUUUUUAGCUUGUUAGUGAAAAAUUCGGUCUCCUUAUUUGACGAAGAUUUGGAUUUAACAUGCAAAGGAAAAACAUUCCACAACGUGACUCUCACGGCUUAUUUUCCCGACUACACCGAUUCUGAUAACGAAUUUGGUUAUCAGGACAAAAAAGGCAGAAAGCUAAGAACUUUGCAGGAUUACUUGGAUGAUAGAACUGAGUACGUAACAUUGAGCAUGGACAACCAAUUGAGCAUUCCGUAUGGCACUAAAGUGUGUAUUCCCGAACUGAAUAAGCAUUUUGGACAUCGAAUUCGCCUGGAAGUCCGAGAUACGUCUUACGAUCUGCACGCUCAAGGAUAUAACAGGGCCGAUAUCUGUGUGCGGACGGAAAUUGAUAGUUACGAUGUCAAUGUUAAUAAGCAAAUUACUUUGAUUUUUGUUUAACCCUGUGAAAUUGUAAUCAAGCCCUAUUUGCCUAUGAAUUUCUUAACCAGGAAAAAUUUUAGACGCCAGGUGUACGAUAGUAAAAUAAAGGUUUAUUAAUUAAUGUCAUCAAUGACACAAUAAAAAAACUCCACAAAAUUUUUCCCAAUUUUUCAAAUUUCCUGUGAGUACUCAUUACGCUCCCAAAAUGGUCAUGGACCAAUUCGUCACCACCUAUAGAAAAGACUACUUGUGGCCAUAUGUGAAAACUCUGGGCGUCAGGCCUCAACCAGAUCGACUGUAUCAACCCCAAUACAAUGACCCGAAUAGGCCCAACUACCCUUGCGAAUGCCACGCCAUUGGAGAUCCACAAGCCACCAACCAGCAGUUGUGCUCUCUUUUAGGGCCCCAAGCGUAUGAAGAAGAAUCCUGGAGCCGAGUGGGGCCUAUGGGACCUCUUUUGGACCCAAAGAUUUAUCCGGCCAAAGUGUCUUCGGCUCCCGAGACGCAAAUCAGUCGCUUCAAUCAGCCCAACGUGUUCCUUGCAAAGCUCCAAGAAAAGUACCCUUUUAUAUACGAAUGCUUGCGAACGGCUCCUCCAGAUGAUCUGCUGGCCAGGAUCAACAGAGAUCGACUGAGGAGUACUUAUCAAGUUGAUUUUUGCAAAAUGAAAGAAAUGCCAUCGGGAACGCGGCUGGAAAUGAUCAUAUAUGCCCAGAACGACGUAUCGCCUCCUUGUCCUGGAAAAGAUUUACAUUGUGGAAACCCUUGUAAACCUUUAUCAAGGAAUAAAGCCCUACGAAUGAGCACCAUAUCAAAGCAAUUUAUGGAUAGUAACAUGCCAUCCGAAAGAAACUCUCAAAAAUCUUGUGAGCGGGGAAUAACUGCAUGGAAUCCGUUUGAAAGCGAUCCAAAAACGUGCACUAAACCUCCAGACAAAUGGCAGCUAGGAAGAAAGUCUUUCGACGUAAUCGACACUUGGGGCCACAUGAUUUACCGAGAAUCGCCCAAACAACACCAUAGAUUGCGCUAGAAUUUAAAGAUCAACUAAAACAACCCAUUUGUUGAUUCAAUAUCUUUAUUAAAUUAAUAAAGCCAAA